GGGGGUGGGGGGCCGCGCGGUCGCGUUGGGGCGCUGGGGACCGCGUUUUUGCCCGGGAGACUCUCGCAGGUUGCAGGGUCGGUGUCUGGACAUUUAGAACGUGACAUGGAAAGUUGCAAGUGGGCUCCUAACGGACCACAAGGAACCACGUCAAGAGACCACACUGACCGGGCCCCGUCUCUGAGGCUCCUACUUGCCCCUGUUUUUCUUCUAAAAUGAGGAGGGACACGAGGUGCCUGCCCUAAGCUGCAGAGAGUGACUUUCGCCAGACCCCGGCCGCCAAGCGUGAGAAGAUGAAGAGCAAUCCGGCCAUCCAAGCGGCCAUAGACCUGACCGCGGGUGCUGCAGGGGGCACGGCCUGCGUCCUGACCGGGCAGCCCUUCGACACGAUGAAGGUGAAGAUGCAGACGUUCCCCGACCUGUACCGCGGCCUCACCGACUGCUGCCUGAAGACCUACUCCCAGGUGGGCUUCCGCGGCUUCUACAAGGGGACCAGCCCGGCGCUCAUCGCCAACAUCGCCGAGAACUCCGUCCUCUUCAUGUGCUACGGCUUCUGCCAGCAGGUGGUGCGCAAAGUCAUCGGGCUGGACCCGCAGGCCAAGCUGAGUGAUCUGCAGAACGCGGCUGCGGGCUCCUUCGCCUCAGCCUUUGCUUCUCUGGUGCUCUGCCCCACCGAGCUGGUGAAGUGCCGGCUGCAGACCAUGUUUGAGAUGGAGUCAUCUGGGAAGGUGGCCACGGGCCAAAACACAGUCUGGUCCGUCGUGAAGGGCAUCCUUGGCAAGGAUGGCCCCAUGGGCUUCUACCAUGGACUCUCGAGCACGCUCCUUCGAGAGGUUCCCGGCUAUUUCUUCUUCUUCGGCGGCUAUGAGCUGAGCCGUUCUUUCUUUGCAGCUGGAAGACCGAAGGAUGAGCUGGGCCCUGUUCCCUUGAUGCUGAGCGGCGGAGUUGGUGGGAUCUGCCUCUGGCUUGCUGUGUACCCUGUGGAUUGUAUCAAGUCCAGAAUUCAGGUUCUCUCCAUGUCUGGGAAGCAGGCGGGCUUUGUUGGGACCUUUAUCAACGUGAUGAGGAAUGAAGGAGUAACCGCUUUAUAUUCUGGGCUGAAGCCUACGAUGAUCCGCGCCUUCCCUGCCAACGGCGCCCUGUUUUUGGCCUAUGAAUACAGCCGGAAGCUGAUGAUGAGCCAGUUUGAAGCAUCCUGAAAUGUUCCAGGCGGUCCGUGAUCCAAGUACAGACAUUUGAUCUCAGGGUUUCAAGAAGUGCAAGACCAAUGUGGAGUGACUUUGAUUUUAGAGGGAAUUAUUUUUUUGUCUUUCUUCCACCCUAAUCGUAGACUUUAUGAAAGGACCUCUAACACAAUAUGUAAAAUUUGUGCCCACGAUUGUGCUGCAGUAGAAAGUUUGGCUGCUUGUGGCCUUGCUGGGAUAUCUAGGCUAACCACUGGCCCUCGGAGCCCAAUCUGAGUUACAGCUGUGUCAGGCUUUGGUCUAAACUCGUGCCUGUAUCUGCAGUUUGAAUGGCUCUGGGUUGUGAGGGAAGCCCAGUUGGUUCCAUAUUUAAUCCCACACCUCAUGAGGUAACGUGUCAAAGAUUACCAUGUCUCAUGAAGAUGGUUGCAAAGGAUUGCAUAACCCAUUCCGGGUCUCGUGGUUCUUUUUAAAAAUCUGCUGAACGUGCGUGUGAUACUAAAUGGUGUGUUUUUUUAAAAGAGUUUCCUUGUGGUUUCCUUCCUUUAAGUCUGACACAUCCGCCUGGGUUUGAAAGAGAAGUCAGCUGUGUACGGGUGCGUGUCCCGUGUUCUCCAUCUCAUUUGGAGAAGGCAUCCCGGACAUCCCCAAGACGCUCUCCUGUUCGUUCAGACAGUGCCACGCUGCUUCUCAGGGGAGCGUCCACCACCACAUCAGAGCAUCACACUUUUUGGACAAGAGCAGGGCCUUCACUUCCAGCUUCCCCCUUUCUUCUCCCAAACAGUUUUUCAGUUCUGGGGUUCAGGUCAACGGGAUGGGGGUUGGCAGGGAUGGGGACUGAAGACCCUCAUUUUGCCCUGACCUUGUUUCUGGGACCCGUGACCCUGUGGGGUUCUGGGUAUCCCACUGUAUGAUCUCUGGCCUGUGGACCUCCUCUCAGCCCGUGUUCAUUGCCUCCACCAACCUGUGGUCCUUCUGGGGAGUGGCGUGCCAAAGCCGAAAGGAACCCCUGCUUCCUGUCUGGGGACCGAGUGGCAGUGCUCCUGGGCCAAGAUCUGUCCCCUGAGAACGAAACAGAAGCUCGUGUCCGUCUCCGCCCUGAGCUAGGUCGGCGCCGACCCAUUCUGAAAUUUAUCUCAUGGGGAGGGGGGAGUGGAAUCUCUCCCUAACUCCUGGCGUCUUCCAUUUGGUCCUGGUACUGAGGGAAUUUUAAUGAUGACUAUUUGUAGCGUGUGAAUUUAUAAAGCAAUGAAAUAAAAGUGAUUUUAUGAAGCUUUUAAUAAAAUGAUUUUUAUCAAG